CGUAUCUGGGUUGGUUUGCCGCUCCCCACCUACCAGGGUCGGAACUGGAGCCCUUUCCCUGUGGGGCGGGGACCUCCUAACAGCCGACUCCUUUGCAGCUGAAGAAAUACAUUCUGGAAAUAGCCAACUCAGUAGCAUGGCCAGCAGCCUUAAUGAAGAUCAAGAAGGAGGCAGAAUCACGUAUGUGAAAGGAGAUCUUUUUGCAUGCCCCAAAACAGACUCUUUAGCCCACUGUAUCAGUGAGGAUUGUCGCAUGGGUGCUGGGAUAGCUGUUCUCUUCAAGAAGAAAUUUGGAGGGGUGCAAGAACUGUUAAAUCAGCAAAAGAAAUCUGGAGAAGUGGCUGUUCUGAAGAGAGAUGGGCGAUAUAUAUAUUACUUGAUUACAAAAAAAAGGGCUUCGCACAAGCCAACUUAUGAAAACUUGCAAAAGAGUUUAGAGGCCAUGAAGUCUCAUUGUCUGAAAAAUGGAGUCACGGACCUCUCCAUGCCCAGGAUUGGGUAUGGUCUUGAUCGUCUGCAAUGGGCAAAUGUAUCUGCCAUGAUCGAGGAAGUAUUUGAGGCAACAGAUAUCAAAAUUACUGUGUAUACACUCUGAACAGAUGAACGUCUUAGAUGUGUCCAUGUUCUCCUGUAUCAUAUCUUCUGGGCCAUAUGACUGGGCAAACUGACCUGAAGAUGGGAAGAGGAAAGUUUCACGUGAAGUAGUGGGUGUCACAGGACAGACUUGAGUUGCUCUAUUCCAGUAUUUGCACUAGGACUCUGGAGGAGGGAUUGCUUUGGAUAUGUUUUGAUAUUUUUGCAAAAAGGUAAGGAGUAAGUGGCCUGAUAGGUGUCAGUCUGGGAAACCAAAUAGUUGGGCCUAUGAUCUGUUUUGCUCAAGUAUGCUACCUGGUUUCGCAGCCACUAGGUGGCAGCAUUGAUUCUACUUCUCUGCUUUUUAAGAGGAAAUUUCAGGAAGGAUGAUCAUUUUCGUUAGUUUGGAAUCUUUUGUCAUUUGUACACUUGGUAUUAUCCUUAUGUCAUCACAUUCACUCUAGGAGAGAGUUACGGGUUGUCUUGUUUUUGUUUUAAUUACAAAUUGAAUUCUGCUUUGUUAACCAGGAAUUUGUGGUAACAAAAAU